AUGGAAUUUGCUCAAGAUAAGAUACAGGGUCUGAAAGCAGACUACCUCCCAGUUCUGGAAAAUGUUUUGGCAGACUAUAUGAGCAGAACUAUGAUACUAGUGGGAGAAUGGAAAUUGCAUCCAUCAAGUCAGAUCGACUUGAUGGAUUUGAACUGGAAUGCUCAAGUCCCGAAGUAUUUUUCACUACAAGCGGACUAUCGAUCAGCAGGACAAGAAUGCCUUUUCCCGUCCCUGGGACUUCAAUCUGGGGUAUGCAUUCCCUACCCUGCCUAUGAUUCACUAAUUAUUGAGGAAAGUUUGGAAAGAACAGAAGAUGUUUAUUGCAAUGAUUCUGAUUUGGCCAAGGAGACAGAAUGA